ACAGCAACCAGAGAAUGAGACUGUACUAGAGACACAGACUCUCCUCACUAUAGAGACAUCACGCAGAGAGACUGUCCUCGCUAUAGAGACAUCUCCCACAGAGACUGUCCUCAGUAUAGGAACCAGAGAGACUAGUGUCCUCACUACAGAGACAUCACCCAGAGAGACUGUCCUCGCUAUAGAGACAUCUCCCACAGAGACUGUCCUCAGUAUAGGAACCAGAGAGAGUGUCUUCUUGGCUUUAGUAAGAGGCAUGCGAGAGAGGGAGAGCGAGACGUCCCUUGUUACAGGAGGCAUCAGUCAGACAGACACAGUAAUAACGUGACAGCAAAUAGAGCGAGGGCAGCAGCUACAGACAGUCACUGACAGAGAGUUUCCAGAGACUGCUGGGCUGGACAGACACAGACAAGGGGACCCUCCCUAUGUGGCCCCUGAGCUGACAGCCCCGUGCCAGUGACUUACCCCCGCGAUCUCAGGGAGGAGACAGUGAGUGUCAGGGAGUAGAGACAAAGGAGUUGGUGCCCAGUCUAUAGGAGCAGCUGCCCGCACUGAGGAGAGACAACCGCACGGAACAGGCAGUUUGUGGGAAGAGGGAGACAAGUGGCCCGCGCCUGACACUUAGAGCUGACACAGAGCGGCCAGGCAGGGGCACAACACACACUGCUGGAACGGAAACACCGAGACAACUUGUCUGAUCCCUCCAUCUGCCCCGCGCCUCUCUGCCUCCCUCCUACCGAUGUCCCUCCGCCCGCCAGGAACCCUCCAGCUCCGUAAACCCGGGACACAAGACUGGCUUAUCCCAUCGCCCGCUCCGCGGCGCACUGUCCCGCUCUUCCCGGCUCCUCGGGGCAAGUCCAGCCGCCGUUCCCCACCCCCCACCGGCAUCAGCACAGCGACUGCUCCGCGGGGGAAGCUCCUCGCACCGUGACUAUUCCCUGCCCCAGUCCCUCAGUCUCUGGCCCAUGUCGGGCGUUUGUUACUGUUCCUGAGCGGGACCCUUGUUGCCCCUGUGCUGCCCCCUCUCUCUCACUAAUAACCCCCGGCUGUUGUGAUGCGUAUUCCCGUAGAUCCCAGCACCAGCCGGAGGUUCAGCCCGCCCUCCAACAGCCUCCAGCCCGGCAAGAUGAGCGACAUGAGCCCGGUGGGAGUCCCGCAGUCUCAGCAGCAGCAGCAGCAGCAGGAGGGGGCGGCGGUGCCCAGGCUCAGGGCUCACGAUAACCGGACAAUGGUGGAGAUCAUCGCGGAUCACCCGGCCGAGCUCGUGCGGACUGACAGCCCCAACUUCCUCUGCUCAGUCCUUCCCUCCCACUGGCGCUGCAACAAGACCCUGCCCGUGGCUUUCAAGGUGGUUGCCCUGGGAGAGGUGCCGGAUGGUUCUGUGGUCACGGUCAUGGCUGGCAAUGACGAAAAUUAUUCAGCGGAACUCAGAAACGCCUCUGCGGUCAUGAAGAAUCAAGUGGCAAGGUUUAACGAUCUGAGAUUUGUGGGCAGGAGUGGAAGAGGGAAGAGCUUUAUGCUCACCAUAACCGUUUUCACAAACCCACCGCAAGUCGCUACCUAUCACAGAGCAAUAAAGGUGACCGUGGAUGGCCCAAGAGAACCAAGACGGCACAGACAGAAGCUUGAUGACUGUAAACCUAGUUUAUUCUCUGAACGUGAUUUAGGGCGCAUUCCUCAUCCCAGUAUGAGAAUGGGUGUCCCACCUCAGAGUCCACGGCCCUCACUGAACUCGAGUCCUUUUAAUCCACAAGGACAGAGUCAGAUUGCAGACCCAAGGCAGACACAGUCAUCCCCUCCAUGGUCCUACGACCAAUCAUAUCCAUCCUAUCUGAGCCAGAUGACAUCUCCAUCCAUUCAUUCUACAACGCCAUUGUCCUCCACCCGCGGUACAGGGCUCCCUGCAAUCUCCGACGUGCCCAGACGCCUCUCAGGUGCUUCGGAACUGGGUCCAUUUUCGGAUCCGCGGCAGUUUACAAGUAUUUCAUCAUUAACAGAAAGUCGCUUUUCGAACCCACGAAUGCACUAUCCUGCCACAUUCACGUACAGUCCCCCUGUCACCACAGGGAUGUCUUUAGGUAUGUCUGCAACCACUCACUAUCAUACCUACCUACCACCCCCUUAUCCAGGCUCCUCCCAGAACCAAAGUGGACCAUUCCAAACCAGUAGCACUCCCUACCUUUACUACGGUACAUCAUCUGGAUCAUACCAGUUCCCCAUGGUUCCCGGGGGUGACCGUUCUCCAUCUCGGAUGCUACCACCCUGCACCACGUCCAACGGGGGCUCAUUGCUAAACCCCAAUCUGACCAAUCAGAAUGAUGGCGUGGAUGCAGAUGGAAGCCACAGCAGUUCUCCUACUGUGUUAAAUUCCAGUGGUCGAAUGGAUGAAUCCGUAUGGAGGCCUUACUGAUGACGGAACAAUCAAUAGGAAGACAUUUUUCCAAAUAAUACGGAAGUGCCUUUUUUUAAACAAACUUUUUGGAUGUCACUAUUUUUAGCUUUUAUAGGCGUUUAAUAAAAAAAUGUAAAAAAUAUGCAACUGAACUGAUUUGGCAAAAUAUUUUUGCCAUUUUGUUAGAAAUAAGAUGGUUACAAGCACACACAGCCUUAAAACAUUUAUUUCUUGAUUGCUAUUUAUGUCCGACUUUACCAUUCCAAAGAAUUUUCAGCACCAAAAUGGUUGUGAAAGCUUUAAAAAGACUUUUCUUUUCUCAACCAUGGGGUGAAAGAAGAUUCCAUUUCCAAAGUGGCGCGUGCCUUAUGUCCAAUAAAAGGGAAGCCCUGGAAUAUCUGACUGCACAAAACGCGUCCUGCGUUAACAAGUCUUUUGCCUUUUUAGCCUUUAAGGGUAAAUCUCAUGGUACAGAACUUUUUGUUUUAAAUGUUUGCUUUGAUGAUGCCAAAACCAAAAAAAAAAUGCAAUAAUAGUUUUAAAAAAAUGCCUAUGCAAUAAGAAAGUAGCAAUACUCGCUUUAACGGUAUCAAUUGUACGUUGGUUUUCUUCGGCUAUUUUUAUUUUUUAAAUUAUCGGUAUGUAUAAAAUCUGAAGAUGUUCUUCUUUUGCUGAGGUGGAUCGACUUUUUUUUAAGUUUUAAUUUAUAAUUAUUUAAAGAUAUUUGGACCUUAAAGUGAUUCUUUAUGUUAUAAUGUGCUGACAGGUCCCUAAACAUGUAUAUUGUUAUUAUAAAUGGUCUUCAAGACUUAAAGCUCUUCCCGUGAAGUUUGAUUUGCAUCUAAUGGUCCCAGGUUUAAACUGGUUAAAUAAUGCUUCAUUUAUGGUUACGUAGAAAGGUACUUGUUUCCCGUUGUCCAACCUUGAACAGAUUUCAUGUUUUUGAUGUGCAGUGCACUAUGGGUAAGAAUUGAUGCUGACCCAUGAAGCUUUGCGUCAGUUUAUCAUAUAUUGAUGUGCCAGUCCAUGUUUAGUGUGCAAACAGCUGAGCAGUUGCAGAACUACUAUUAAAAGGGAAUAAUGUACCUCUUGUUGUAAAAAUAAAGGAUAUUAGAAGUCACAGAGAAGUUCCAUAAUCAUAAAGAGCAGAAAUCUUUGGGGUGCAAGCCUCCCUUUGUAAUCAUCAAAGAGAACCCAAAGAGGAGCACAGCAUUUGAUGGACCUCCUCUUAAUUCAUAACAAGUUUCAGAUAUAAGAAAGCUUGGCCAACAUAGUUACUCUCCUAUAUAAAGCAGUAGGUAUGCAUCCCCCCUCCAAUUUCACCCUAAUUGGCCUUCAACAUGGGUCUUCCCUUUCACUUUGGGACCCCCUAAGGCAGUGAUCCCCAACCAGUAGCUCGUGAGCAAGCUGUUGCUCUCCAACCCAUUGGAUGUUGCUCCA